GUCUAUUUGUUCAGGAGGAGCCCACAUCAAAGUUCAGUUUUGUAUUCAAUUCUUUGCUCUUCGUCCUACAAACAGAAGCUGUACAGCACUUUCCACCAGCACACACUAACGUCUUCAGGAUGUGGGUCAUCACCAUCUUCUUUGUGGCCUCACUGCUGGUCAGUCCAUCCUGGGCUGGAAUCAAAGACCUCGGCUCUCACUUCACUGACCCUCAACCGGACCCCAGAAGAUUUGAGCCAGACGGGACAGUGGAUAUAGAAGCCAUCCCGUUGGAUUUCCACAAGGAAAACACUGUCACUAAUGACUUAGUUUUUGAUGGUUUUGAGGAUGAAGAUUAUAUUGAUUUUGACAAGAUCCUGGCUGCAGGCAGCGAUGAUUACAUUGAAGGGGAUGAGAUAGAUGAGAUCGCCACGCCAGCCCCAGACAUCGACAUCUUUGCCGAACCCUCCGACCCAAAGAUUCGUCGUGCCAGACUCCUCCGGCUGUUCCAUGGCCGGUCUCGCCUUCAACGCCUCAACAUCGUCAAUGCCCAUUUUGGUUUCAAUCUCUAUCGAAGUCUUCGUAACGGCGUCAACCAGACUGACAACAUCCUGCUAGCACCUGCUGGGAUCUCCAUCGCCAUGGGGAUGAUGUCUUUAGGGGCAGGAGCGGGAACCCAUGACCAGAUCUACAAAGCUCUGGGAUUCGCCGAGUUUGUCAAUGCUAGCCACCACUAUGACAACACAACAGUGCACAAGCUCUUCAGGAAGCUGACACACAGGCUCUUCAGGAGGAACUUUGGUUACACGCUCCGCUCUGUAAACGAUGUCUACAUGAAGAAGGACGUCUCAGUGAAAGAUAGUUUCCGCACAGAGACAAAGGCUUAUUAUUUUGCUGAGCCGCAGUCAGUGGACUUCAGGGACCCUGCCUUUCUGAACAAGGCUAACCGUCGCAUACAAAAGCUGACCAAAGGGCUGAUCAGGGAACCACUAAAGAGCGUGGACCCAAAUAUGGUGCUGAUGCUGCUCAACUACCUGUACUUCAAAGGUACAUGGGAACAGAAAUUUCCCAAAGAAAUGACUCACUAUCGCAACUUCAGAGUAAACGAAAAGACAAAUGUGCGUGUGCCAAUGAUGAGCAACAAGGGGAACUAUCUGGCUGCUGCUGACCAUGAACUUGAGUGCGACAUCCUUCAGCUCCCAUACACAGGAAACAUCAGCAUGCUCAUCGCCUUGCCGAGGAAGAUCACUGGUAUGAGGGCCUUAGAGCAGGAUCUCUCCCCCACCGUUGUCAACAAGUGGCUCAAAAACAUGACAAACAGGACUCGGGAGAUUGUGUUACCUCGGUUUAAACUGGAGCAGAACUACGACCUGAUUGAAAAUUUGAAGGAGAUGGGCCUCACUGACUUGUUCCAGGAGAGUGGAGAUUUCUCUGGAAUGACCUCUGAAAAGGUUGCCAUGAACUGGCUGAAGCACCAAGGAACCAUCACUGUGAAUGAAGAGGGGACAGAAGCUGCAGCACUGACCCAGGUGGGCUUCAUGCCCCUCUCCUCUCAGAUCCGCUUCACUGUGGAUCAUCCCUUCCUCUUCCUGAUCUACGAGCACCGCACAGACUGCCUUGUGUUCAUGGGCCGGGUGGUUGAUCCCUCACAGAGCUAAAACUGGAACAAACAGCUAAACUUUUCACUACAAAUUCCACCUUUGGUCAGAAAACUAAAAAUGCUAGUGAACCUCAGAAAUAUUACCGAUUUUAAUAGCUGAGGUGUUGUUUUUUUAAUAGUCAAUUGGUACAAUAUGUAAAACGUAACGAGUACUGAGUCUUUAUAUGUCUCUGUCUGAACAUUUAAACUUCUCCUUCAUAUUGCUCAAGUGCUGAGUUUGUCUGAGUGAUUCAAUGAAACCUUGUUAUCUGUCUGUUAAUGUUUUAUCUUUUGCAAUGAGGAUAGUGGAUGAGUGUGCUCAAAAACAUGACAUUACAUAACCUUCA